CGUAAGCAAGUAGGACAAGGGCAGAUAACUCCAAAAUUUGCAGACGGACUUUGAACCUAAAUUUAGCUGAAAAAGUGCAUAUAAAAUUAUAUUGCAAACUAGACUUUCAAAAAAUGGCAUCCAGACAGCUACCUUCUACGAUGAGGAAACUCGUUGUAACAAAAAUAAGUCAGAAAUUCCGUGAUGUUGUCAAAAUUACGCAAGAAAGUUUGCCAAAUCCUGGAGCUGGUGAAGUGCUUGUGAAAAACAGAUUUGUUGGAAUAAAUGCAUCAGAUAUAAACUACACUGCAGGCAGAUAUGAUACAACUGUGAAACCUCCCUUUGAUUGUGGAUUUGAGGCUGUAGGUGAAGUGGCAGCCAUUGGACCUGGAGCUUCUCUCACAAUUGGCCAGCCAGUAACUUAUUCACAAUUUGGUGCUUUUAGUGAAUACAAAAAUAUCCCAGAGAGAAAUUUGCUUAAAUUACCAAGAGUGUCAGCUGAUUAUCUCCCUUUACAAGUUAGUGGAGCCACUGCUGCCAUUGCUUUAGAUAAGUAUGGAGAGUUAAAAGCUGGAGAAACAGUUCUUGUUACAGCUGCUGCAGGAGGCACUGGACAGUUUGCUGUACAAUGGGCCAAGAGAGCUGGAUGUCAUGUCAUAGGAACAUGUUCCACAGAUGAUAAAGUGCAAUUUUUAAAGAAAAUUGGUUGUGAUAGACCUGUUAAUUAUAAGAAAGAAAAUCUAAAAACAGUGCUGAAAACAGAAUAUAAGAAUGGAGUAGAUGUUGUGUAUGAGUCAAUAGGAGGAGAAAUGUUUGAAACUUGUUUAAACGGAUUAAAGACCAAAGGUAGAUUGAUAGUAAUAGGUUAUAUAACAGAUUAUGAAUCUGACCAGGGAUUUAAACCUACCAGAACUUUAGCAACAAUACCAAUCAGGUUACUUACGAAGUCAGCAAGUAUCAGAGGAUUCUUCCUAAACCACUUUGUCAGGGACUGGGUACCAUAUGUUUCCAAAAUGGCUGACAUGAUAGACAGAAAAGAAUUACAAAGUGUUAUAGAUAUGGGAGAGAACUCUCCGAAGGGACCUUUUAUUGGCAUAGAUAAAAUAGUGGAUGCUGUCGAGUAUUUGUAUUCUCAAAAGAGCAUAGGAAAAAUAGUAGUUGAAUUAAAUAAACCUGCGACCAGUAAAUUAUGACAAAAGGACCAGUGAAAAAAUAAGUGGCAACAAACACAAAUCCUUCAGGAAAACAGAUAAAUUAUAUAAUCAGAGAACUUAGAGAAACUAUAGACGUGUUAUGUGUUAGAGAAUAUCCAAGUUACAACUAAUUGAGUGAGGUGAUUCUCAUUCAUUGUGAUGACUCAUAAAUAUAUCAUAAUGAUUAAAACUGAUUUAAAUUUGAUCAGAAUUUGAAUCCUAAUGAUGGCAUUACUUUUCAUUCACAGUGAAAAGGUAAUAUUGUUAAACUACCGAAUUAUGAACUAAUUUAUAUAAAAAAAUUAUUAAAAUUGUUUUGUUUGAAUCGAUAUCAAUAAAAUAGGUCAGAAGACUAUCAUGGCAGGCCAUUAUUUGUGGAUACAAA